AGAAAACACGGAGUAACGAAGGGCAGUGCUUAUGCACUGUAACCUGAUCGGACAACCAAAGAGACGCCGCAGGCAAAGAAUUUUGCGGGUUCUGCCAAGUCACCGCAAAAGAGAAUAACGGGACAGCGGAGGAGGAAUAGAAGCCUCUCGAAACUGCAAGUAACGGCUUUCCGAAGCGUGUCAAGGACUAACCCAUCAUCGCGGGGACAUUGGUGGGGCAGUCGAGUGGAAGAUGGAUCGGCGGACAGCGGCUGUUACUUACCUGGUGUUUCCUCUCCUUGUGGCCACCCUGACGGGAGCCGAGAUGAUCUACCAUCGCAGGGAUCACUCAGACAUCAGCACUAACCACAUCUCCGAGCCGGUGAAAACAGCGGAUUCUGCAGAGCACUACCUGUCCAAGUACGGAUGGAUAGAGGAGGUGAACUGGGAAGAAGUCCCUUACCACGACGUGCCAGUGCCCACGAACGACGACCCGGCGCCGAGAGACACCGUGGAGCUGAUAGAAGAGGCGGACUCCUCACUCCGCUCCGAGGGCGGCGACGCGGCACCCCACGGCGAACCCACGCAGAGCCCCGCUUUCGCCCUCGCCCUCGAGCACUUCCAGGAGGCAAACGGCCUCCCCGUCACGGGCGUCCUGGAUGAGGCCACCAAGGAGGCCAUGAACAGGCCACGCUGCGGCGUUCCCGACCAGCCGGAAGAUCUCGACGCCGCCGCCGACAUCGCCAACGACACCGCCAACGACACCGCCAACGGUACCGCACGGAACGACUCAGAGGCAGCGGAGGGGCAGCCCUCGACCUCCUCCUCUCCGAGCGCAGGAAAGGAGGUCAAGGGCAGGAAGAGGAGGUCCUUGCAGAGGUUCGUGGACAGGGCCCGCUCCAAGAGGGCCAGGGACGAGGGGGGCACGGGGCGAGCGGUGCAGGUGUUCUCCAAGCGGCAGCUCAAGUGGAGGCUCAUCGGGGAGGGGUACAGCCAGCAGCUGAGCGUGGACGAUCAGAGGGCCAUCUUGCGCCUGGCUUUCCGCAUGUGGAGCGAGGUCACCCCGCUGGAAUUCAUCGAGGACCUCACUACCCCCACGGCCGAGCUCGACGUCAAGUUAGGCUUCGGCAGAGGGCGUCACCUGGGCUGCUCCCAGGUGUUUGACGGCAGCGGGCAGGAGUUCGCUCACGCGUGGCACCUCGGAGACGUCCACUUUGACGACGACGAACAUUUCACGAAGCCCCGGAGCGAAGAAGGCAUCAGUCUGCUGAAGGUCGCCGUUCAUGAAAUUGGACACGUGCUCGGCUUACCGCACAUUUACCGGAGCGGAUCUGUCAUGCAGCCAAAUUAUAUCCCGAAGGAUUCCGGAUUCGAACUGGAUUGGAACGACAGGAAAGCCAUCCAGCGUCUCUAUGGUGUUUGCGAAGGUUCAUUCAACGCCGUGUUUGACUGGAUACGCGAAGAGAGAAACAGGGAUGGGCAAUUAAUUCGUCGUCGUUUCAACACCUAUUUCUUCAGACGCCAGUGGUACUGGAUGUACGAGAACGCCAAGAACAAGACGCGCUCGGGAGACCCAGCGCCCAUUGCACGCGGCUGGAAGUCCAUCCCAGAUAGCGUUGACGCGUACGUGCACGUGUCCGGCCUUAGCAGGGACGAGGCGUAUUUCUUUAAAGGAACGCAGUACUGGAGGUACGACAAUCAGAACGACUGUGUGUACACAGAGGAUCCGCAGGGUCUGCCUUACCCGAGACCAAUUUCAGAGAAGUUCCCAAACGUCCCGCACCCUAUCGACACGGCUUUCUUCGACGGCAGAGAUCAGAACAUCUACUUCUUUAAGGCGAAUAAUGUCACGGCGUUCAGCGUGAACUCCCAGCAGAAGGUGAGCGGCUACCCCAAGCGAGUGACGGACGUCUUCCCGGCCGUGGUCGCGGGCGACCACCCCGGGGGCAACCUGGACGCGGUGUACUACUCGUACUCGCACAUGGCCAUCUUCUUCUUCAAGGGGGACUACUUCUGGAAGGUGGUGGACGACCGCGACCGCCAGGCCAACCCGGCGCUGCCGUACAACGGGCUGUUGGCACGCCGGCGCGUGUCCGACCAGUGGUUCGACAUCUGCGACGUCCACCAGACGAUGCUGCUGAGCAACCGCAACUGAGGGGCAGUGGCGGGGAGGAUCGGGUAACUGUACUAGAUGGCCCAGUUUGGCUGAUAGCAUGGGAAUUUUAAGUGUUGAUGAUGUUGUUGUUAUCAGCCUGGAACAACUUCCCACUGCUUGACAAAGGCCUCCCCCCAUCUUCAUCCGUUCCAUCCUUCCCCCAGUUGCUACUCUCCAGUCGUAGCCUCAGAACUCUGUGAUGUCAUCUCACUCAUCGCUGUCUCACUCUGCUUCUCCUUCCAUCGCUUGGCCUCCACUCUGGAAUAAAUUUCGUCUCUCAUCUCUCCUCAGCUGCUCUGACGUAUGCGUGCUGCCCAUUGACACUUGGUUUAUUUCGCUUUAGCAACAUAAUCGGUGACCCCCCUGUUCUGUUAUUUAUUCAGUCCUUAUCCUCUACUCUUCGACCAACUCUUAAAAUACUAUUUUCCAUAGAAUCAGAAUCUUUUCUUAUCUUGGAGAAAUCCGAUGAGCUAUGAAGCUCUUCACAUAUGUCCAGUAGGGGCGGGUCAUAAAUCUACAACAACAAACAAGACACCAAACUAUCGGAGUGCAGAGCAUAGAUCUUUAGCGAACUUAUAGUUUUUUUUUCACUUGUUUAUGAGCUAACGACACUUGUCUGCAAAUUUGGAAACUAAAACUGGAAAUGUACACGUUGGUUUGGAGGGAGUCCUUUACGUGGAAGGAAAAUAGAAACAUACGUGGGUUGUUUUAUUUUUAUGGUCCAAUUAAUAUAAGCCACACAGACCACUCGGGUUUGGCUAAUUAGGGCCACUCAAAGUGCAGUUUGUCGGUAUGUGCAAAUCCCAAAUAAUUCCGAUGCCAAACAUCUCGCACAACGCCACCUCGUGGCUGGACUGCGCAGAAUGCCCAUACCUCGCUAUAUGCGGCACACAGAUGCCCAUGCAGGAGUUACAAACUCAUUACAAUUAUUAGGAUUUAUAGGUUAUCUGGAAUUUAUACAUUUAAUAAUGAAAUAGUUGUAAAAUAUAUAUCAGCUCCCUGAGUACAUCUCUAGAGCUCCCUCUCGUGGAAAUUUUUCCACCAGCCGUGACAUGAGCAAACAAUUGCAGGACUGCACAUUUGCCUCCAAACACUGGCACCAGUGCAUCUUACUUGAGCCCAGGUAAGAUCACCCUUUCUGCUCUAUAUAUCCAGCAAAACAUACACUGCCCACACACCACUCUCCUUCUGCCACGUAUGUCCACCUAUUAUCAAUCGAGCAGGCAACCAACCUACUUAGAGACUGGCGUGGCCUGAACUCUGCAGUACAAUUCCACCCGUCCAGUCUCACACCACCACCACGUGGUCAAUCUCAUCUGUCCUCGUCGUGCACUGGCGCCGCCUGGUGGAGGGGUAAGGGCACGUCACCGUCUCGAGUACACAAACUCAUGGUGCGUUGUUGCGGUGCUGUGUUGGUAAAUGAGUAUACGAGACCAAGCAGAACUCCAUCAUGCAUCUCCACAUAUUAUUAUUUUUAGUCCGUUGGCUUAUUUAUUGGCUUUCCAAAGCAAUAUAGUCCUUGGGCCAGAGCAAAAAUUGGUACGAAUAAUGAGACAGAACGUUAAUGGUUAAAAUUAAUUAACUUGGGUGAAUUGAUAACCUAUGCAUUUCAUAUGAUUAUCAUACAAUUCCUUGUUAUUGGCCUCAUAAUUUAAUUUGAACCGCUAAUAUUAUGCCACAUUUGGUACCGACAAGUGAAAUAUCUGGUCAGGGCUCGUGGACUGAUCUUAUCCAAGUGGCAUUUGUUAAAGCGAGCAAACGCUGGACCUGUUUCGACCCUGUUGUUCUCUUCAGCAGGGUCGGGCUCGUGAAACGAAUGCUGCUGGGUUGCCAGGUGUUAUCGGAAAGAGUGCUCAACAAUAGUUACACUGUUCAACGCAAAAAAGCAAAAUGGUUUUUACGAUCACUUGUUGCGUUGUUGCCGGAGCAUUAUGGGUAACGCAUAUAUGAGCAGAAUUCCGUUUUGUGUUUCUACAUACACAAUUUUUUGUUUUAGUCCAUCGCCCUAUUGGCUUUCGAGACAAAUAUCCAGCAGCAUUUGUUUAAAUAAGCAAAGUCUGGGCAGAUUUUCGACCUCAUCACCCUCAUGGUUUUCCCUUCCCUGCCACAAAGAAUAUUGACUCCGAAGAGACACAGCAAUCCGAUUCCUGCUUGCCAAAUGACUCUUGCCAAAUUCACGCACCAAAGCAGGCCAGCUGCGUCGAUAUUAUGUAACCCAAUACGUUUCACUUGACACGGGCAGCCCUGAAAAAUCUAAACUUUCAUCUCAUAUGCGGCGUUGCCUUUUUGUAUUCUAACUGCCAAUCUGAUACAGGACUUUUGGUAGCAACUUUUGCAUUUAGUAAUUCAUAACCAAUAUUUUGCUUGAGCUUCUAAUAUCGUAGCCAAAUAUUACGUACACUCUAAAAAUGUAUCAGUUAGAGUUGAGGCACAAACUCGGCAAACGAUUAUUGGAUGCGUGUCGAAUUUUCAGGUCAUGCUCGAAUGGCUACUGCCUGAAUUAUUAGACAUUCCGUAUGACAUUUUCAAGCAAUUUUGAUGAACUCUCUCUAAGCCGAACCUUAAAUUUUGAGGUCUAUCUAAACAACCUAAAGCAUUCCAUGUUAUUUUCUUGACUUUUCUUUUUAAAGAGUGCAACAAUAACAAAAACUGCCGAGUACGUAAUCCGUAGUGUCUGCCAAAUUCUGCGGACAAUUUAAAUGCCACGCGCGUAACAAAGGGAAAUCUAGCUCUAGUUUUCUCUGCUAUUCUUUGCAGUUCUACACGACAAACGCAGUUAAAUACGGGCGUGUUAGGCCAUUAACAGCAUAUGCACCGCUGCCUUCUCACUGCUUUUUGUAAUCACCAAAUGCCCUUCGAUUGGCCAGAAAUUGACUCGGGACGAGGAGAUGUCUCAAGGUGGAAUUUUCAGAAUUUUGAGAUGUGUAACUUUUGCGAUGCUGACGAUACAGGAAGGUUACUCUUUUGUUGAGAGGGUGCUUGCUUUGCAGUAUACGUAUUUAAGCUGUGAUUUGACUGUGAGCUCUGAAACAAGUGCUCUCGCUGUGGAAUGACAUAUCAUAAUAAAGAAAAAAUAUAUAGCUUUCUAUACAAAUAAACUUUUGUUCUAACCA